UUUAGUAUGAAUUUUCUGUUGCCACACUUUUUGGCAGCGACAGUUUUAAAUGGACUUUUCUAUUGCCACUCACUUUGGCAGCGACUGGAUAGGUAUUCAAGGAAAUGGUUAAGUGUUAAUUUCUAGGCAAAAUAUAUUUCAGAAUUUUAAAGGUAUAUUACCUUUAUUUCGAGAGAUUUCCUUAUUACAACUGUUAAAUUGAAAUUAGAUUUUGAAUAAAACAAAAGUUUGAAAAUUAAAUAUCGUUAAUGAAACUAAACCGAAGUUGAGCGAUAAAGAGAGAUAAGGUUUGAAAAACCUUAAGCUUAAAAAGAUCACCGUGACAUUUUUUCACGCCUAUUUAUACUCAAGUAGAGAGAACCCCACGCGUGUGCUUCUCUACUUAGUGGAGGUAGAAGGUCUUGUCUCUGUAAUUCUAUGCCUGUAAGGCCCGCGGCUUGGCAACAGCGUCGUCUGGUACCAUCAGAAAUUGGAUAAAUAAUCAAUAUAUUGCUCUACUGAUAAUUACAUUCCUGGCUACUGAAAGAUUCUAAAUUUAAAUUUUGUCCGCUCGUAACAAUAUUCCAAAGAGUUUUAAUUAAAAAUUUACACACUUAAUUCGUUUUACUAGGAGUCUCUCAUGGCGACGACGUAUUCUACGUAUUAAAUACUCCCUGGGUAAACCCAACAACAACGCAAAAGGAUCGCGAUAUGCAGAAACAAUUAAUUGACUUUUGGGUAUUGUUUGCUACGGAAGGAAUUCCAAAAGUAGCCAAUGUGGAAUGGCCAAGAUUAGAUUCUUUAAGAAAAGAACUUCAUUAUUUACAUAUAGCUAGUCCUGAUCAAAUUAACAUGGACAGCAAUGCUAAUCUUGGAGAGAAAGAAUUCUGGAAUUCGAUUAAUUUCAAUGAGAAUAUAUUGAAGCACAAAACUGGAAUUAAUAAAGAAGAGCUUUAAAUAGUAUUAAAACAAAAUAUCAACGUUUUUUUUUAAACUAGAGAGAUUUAACUUAGGAUAAGACUUAAAUUUAAUAUUUGCUCAGUUUUAUACAUUAUAUCAAAUUGAAAUUGUUUAUUAUUUUCGACAACAAUUAACAACCAAUGUAAUGAAACAAAUUUAUAACGUUUCGACCCUUAGGAUUGGGUCUUUAAGUAAUCUGAUAACAAACAAUUCGAAUAACAAUGAUUUGGUCAACGUGAUAAAAUAAAUUGUCAAAGAUAUAAAAA